AUGUUAAGAAAAGCUGGGACUAAUGUAACCGGGUUCUUUGGUUCCAUGCACCAAGGAAAGGAAUUUGAUGAAGAGAUUAAAAAAGUUAAAAAGAUUGUUCUCUUUGUUGUUGCUGAAGAUUUUGACUUCAGAAGUGCUAUACUCACAACCAUUGAUGCUUUCAAAAAAUGCAGAGAACACUUUGAAGGACACCUGUCAGGAUCUGUUGUAGAGGCAGGUCAUGUCCGACUUUUGUUAGAGUCAGUUUAUUUCUUAUCUCACUUUUUGGCACCCCUUGUUCCUUUGUCUUGUGAAAAGGUAUUUUCACAAUUGGAUGCAGAGCAGAAGACUGUUAAAACACUGUCUCACAGUUUUAAUAAUUUAGUAGAGGGGACAAAAUUAGACCUAUCGCUAAAGGCAUUCUCCAAAGUAUUGCAUGAGUAG